AUGUUUUGGAACCAUGGAAAAUACAUGAUCCGGUACUUCAGGAAUCCAAAGUAUUUAAUAAACAACAUAGAAAAAGGUAUUCUAGGUGAAGAUAACGGUGUUCCAAAUAAAGACAAAAACCUUAUUCGGACAGAAGCUGAGACGAAUUUUGAGGGAAUUGAGAGCAAGUUUUCCUUACGGACAUCUACAGAGCCUGAUGAGGAUGUCUGCUACCUGAUUCCUGGGCAGGUGGAUAGCCUGGCACGGUGCAACUUCAACCAUACCAGUAAAACCUUUGUGGUGAUCCAUGGGUGGACGGUGACAGGAAUGUAUGAAAGUUGGGUCCCAAAGCUGGUGGAUGCUCUCUACAAGAGGGAACCUGAUUCAAACGUCAUCGUGGUGGACUGGCUAGUUCGAGCUCAGCAGCACUACCCAGUCUCUGCUGCAUACACUAAGCUGGUGGGAAAGGAUGUUGCUACGUUUAUUGACUGGAUGGAGGAGCAAUUCAAUUAUCCUCUCAACAAUGUCCACUUGCUGGGGUACAGUCUAGGUGCUCAUGCUGCUGGGAUUGCUGGAAGCCUGACCAAGAAGAAGGUGAACAGAAUUACUGGACUGGAUCCAGCUGGUCCUACCUUUGAGUAUGCUGAUGCCCUCACCCGCCUUUCCCCCGAUGAUGCUGACUUUGUGGAUGUCCUGCACACCUACACUCGAGGCUCCCCAGACCGCAGCAUUGGGAUCCAGAAGCCUGUUGGACACAUAGAUAUUUAUCCUAAUGGUGGAGGUUUCCAGCCAGGUUGCAACCUGGGAGAAGCACUUCGUCUGAUCGCUGAAAAAGGCUUUGCAGAUGUGGAUCAGCUGGUGAAAUGCUCCCAUGAACGGUCCAUCCACCUUUUCAUUGACUCCCUCCUCUAUGAAGAAAAGCCCAGCAUGGCUUACCGCUGCAACACGAAGGAGGCCUUUGAGAAGGGUCUCUGCCUGAGCUGCCGCAAGAACCGCUGCAACAAUUUGGGUUACAAGGUCAACAGAGUGAGAACGAAGAGAAACACUAAAAUGUACUUGAAGACUCGUGCUCAGAUGCCCUAUAAAGUCUUCCAUUACCAGGUCAAGAUCCAUUUCUUUGGAAAGACUAAUACAACCAAGACAAACCAGCCUUUCCUGAUCUCUCUCUAUGGCACUCUAGAUCAGAGUGAGAACAUUGCUUUCACGCUGCCUGAAGUCUCCUCAAACAAGACCUUCUCCUUCCUGAUUUACACAGAAGUGGACAUUGGUGACCUACUUAUGCUGAAGCUGCAAUGGGAGAAAGACACCUUCUUCAGCUGGUCAGACUGGUGGACUCCUUUUACAUUUGACAUCCAGAGAGUCAGAGUGAAAUCAGGAGAAACUCAGAAAAAGGUGGUGUUCUGUGCACGAGAUGGCACCUCACGUCUCAGUAAAGGAGAAGAGGCUGCAAUAUUUGUGAAAUGCUUGGAGCAGCCUGUCAACAGAAAGAGAGGAAGUGCCAAGAAAACCUCUAAAGAAAAUUCUGCUCAUGAAUCUGCUUAAGUGACAAGAAUGAAGAUUUUUUCCAAACUGGGGAGGAGGAGAGUCUGUUCAUCCCCAUGGACUGGAUGUUCAGAACCAAAUAUAUAGAAAUAUUUAUCAGCUCCUGGCUUUUUUGCCUGCUAUUCCUAGCUAUCAUAGAAGACUUCUUCUCAGGAAGUCUCAGCAUAAAAAGUUACUAACCAUAAAUAUACAUUAUCCAAAUAGUUAAAACCAAAAAGAAACCUGCAAAACAACUUGCCAAAGGCUUGAGUGCUGGGAAGGAAUAAGUAAUUUUGCUUAAUCAUGGUGCGUUGUGAACAAGGUUACUUGACAUCAAAUCCUCUAUAGCAAUUUUCUAGUAUUUAUUGAAAAGAAACAAAGCC